UCUAAUGCAGCUGAACAGCCUGGUGCGCAAACUUGGACGCGGACUGAAAAUAAUGGUGUUUCUCGCCGAAGUGGGCGAACCGGUCACCAGAAGUGAACCACGGGACUUGAAUUUGACUUUGUAAAUGUGUUCGCUUCGACCGUGAAGAAGUGUUCGGGCUUGUUUUUUUUUGUUUUGUUGUUGUUUUUUUGGACUUGCUGGUAAUGGCCAGCAGUGGCUGAGGUGUUUGGAUCCAGUCAGUGACAGACUGCAAACAGCAGGGAGAGCUGCACACACCACCGCAGUCAGAUUAUGAACCAGUUCAAGCGCUGAAGGAAAUCUGGGAGCUCAUUUUUUCUAACAGGGACGAAAAUAUUCCAAGCGCAGUGAGUGGCAGAUCACAACCUAAGAAGCCAUGGAGGCCUCACAGGACCUCAACGAACAGAUGGUGAAGAAAUCACACAGUGAUUCACAUGUUCCAGACCCUUCCGGUACCAGGUCUAUGGAAAUGCAGGACCUAGCCAGUCCUCAUAACCGCGUGGGAGGUGGAGAUUCGACGGGCUCCAAACUGGACAAGAACAACCUGGGCAGCCCCUCCAUCACCACCAAUGGAACCGGAGGUGAAAACAUGACAGUGUUAAACACGGCUGAUUGGCUGUUGGGCUGCAGCAGCCCGCCCCCCGCCUCGGGCUCCAAGGACUAUGUGAAAACAGAGCCCAUGAACAACAGUGAUACAGUCACUACAACAGGUGAUACAGCACUGGACACAUACGCAGGCUCAGUCAUCACCAGCAGUGGGUACAGCCCUCGUUCUGCCCACCAGUACUCUCCGCCCCUGUAUCCAUCUAAGCCUUAUCCUCACAUUCUGUCCACACCCGCAGCCCCUCCCAUGCCGACAUACGCUGGCCAACCCCAGUUCAACAACAUGCAGCAGUCAACUGUAUACACCACUUACUCUCAGACCGGACAGUCAUACGGACUGUCCACCUAUGACCUCGGUGUGAUGCUGCCAAGCAUUAAGACAGAGAGUGGCCUGGCCCAGAGUCAGUCCCCUCUCCAGACGGGCCUCAGCUACAGCCCUGGCUUCACCACACCUCAGCCCGGACAGACUGCCUACUCACCCUAUCAGAUGCCAGGUUCCAGUUUCACUCCCUCCUCAGGCCUCUACACAACCAACAACUCAGUGUCGAACCCCGCCAACUACACUGCCACACAGCAGGAUUAUCCCUCAUAUACACCUUUUGGCCAAAACCAGUAUGCCCAGUAUUAUUCCGCCUCCCCUUACGGACCUUAUAUGACCUCCAACAGUGUGGAUGGUACAGGUUCCACGGCAGCCUACCAACUGCAAGAUCCCACUCCUGCCAUGACUGGACAGGCUGCUGAACUCCACCCAGGGGAUUUUGACACAAUGCAGAGCCCCUCCACGCCCAUCAAAGAACUGGACGACCGAGCCUGCCGGAGUGGGGGGUCUAAGUCAAGGGGCAGGGGCCGCAAGAACAACCCCUCCCCUCCCCCUGAUAGUGACCUGGAGAGGGUGUUUGUGUGGGAUUUGGAUGAGACAAUCAUUGUCUUCCAUUCUCUCCUCACGGGCUCCUACGCACAGAAAUAUGGCAAGGACCCCCCCAUGGCAGUAACGCUUGGACUGAGGAUGGAGGAGAUGAUCUUCAACUUGGCUGACACACACUUAUUCUUUAAUGACCUGGAGGAGUGUGAUCAGGUACAUAUUGAUGAUGUAUCAUCAGAUGACAACGGCCAGGACUUAAGUACUUACAGUUUUGCAACUGAUGGCUUCCAUGCAGCUGCAACCAGCGCCAACCUGUGCCUGGCUACGGGUGUCCGCGGCGGUGUCGACUGGAUGAGGAAACUGGCCUUCCGCUACCGACGCGUCAAAGAGUUGUAUAGCACAUACAAAAACAAUGUGGGGGGUCUGCUGGGUCCUGCUAAAAGAGAUGCCUGGCUGCAGCUCAGAGCAGAGGUUGAAGCUCUGACCGACUCCUGGCUCACCCACGCCCUCAAGUCCCUGUCCAUCAUCAGCUCCAGGAGUAACUGUGUAAAUGUGUUGGUGACCACGACACAGCUCAUACCAGCGCUGGCUAAAGUUCUCUUAUAUAGUCUUGGAUCUGUUUUCCCCAUCGAGAACAUUUACAGUGCAACAAAAAUAGGCAAAGAGAGCUGUUUUGAACGUAUAGUCUCCCGCUUUGGCACUAACAUUACAUAUGUUGUGAUUGGCGAUGGGAAGGAUGAAGAGCAUGCUGCCAGCCAGCACAACAUGCCUUUCUGGAGGAUAUCCAGUCACUCUGACCUGCUGGCAUUACACCAAGCACUGGAGUUUGAGUACCUGUAACUAUUAUAGCAAUACGGACUCAUGCAAUGAUACCACGGACAUGGUCAGCCAGGCAGCCCCUUCUUUUGUAUAACUAUUUAAGAACAAACAAUACACUGCAAAUGUUUUGUGAUUUUUUUUUUGGAACGUCUGGAUUUACAAACUCUGAACGGUCUUAAGAUGCAAGUGGAGAAGUGAAUGGAGAUAAUGGAACAGUCAGUGGCGUUAAGAGAGAACUACCCAACCCACCCCUUGGCAAUAGAGGCCUGAUCUACUGUCCAUCCACGCAGAUGAAGACUGGAACCCUAUCAAGGCGGAACAACUUUGAACUGCAAGGAUGCUUCUUUGGCCGACUCCCAGCUAAUGUGGUUUGUGGUGGGAGCUCCCGGGUUAUAACAGUCAGGACUGCAGGGGUUCACUUGGGAUGAACCACCUCUAAACUUUUAAUUUGAGAGCCUCUGUACAGGCAGCAUUUAUGUGCACGGGGACAACAGCUGCUUUUAUUUUGAAGUGUUUUCUUCCUGGUCAUAUGAUAAUCACAAUAAUGCAGUAAGG